AUGGCGCCUCCCAAGCCCAAGGUGACUUUGCACAAAUGCAACACAUGCUACGCUAGCGGUACCGAAAAGACGCUGCAGAAGUGCGCGAGAUGCAGGGCUGCAAAGUACUGCUCCAAAGAGUGCCAGCGGGCGGACUGGCCGAAACACAAGCGCAGCUGCCAGUACAACGCGGAGCUCGAGAGCGCGCUGAAGGAGCACGACGCGACGCCGUUCGGGCUGCUCGAGCGGCUGCUCCUCCCGAACGGGAUCUCCCUGCACGAGCUCGACCAGCGGCUCGAGAAGUGGGUGCGCUGGCAGCACCCGACGCUCAUGUGGGCGACGAUCCACGCGCUCCGCCUCCCCGACGACCUCGCCCGCGCCCGCACGCACGUCCUCCACGUCCGCCUGCAGGCCCGCGCGGACCACGCCGACGCCACCGCCAAGUUCUUCCGCGUCCUCGACGCGAGCGUCGUCCCCGUCGCCGACGCGCUCGCCUUCCGCGAGCCGUGGCCCGCGAGCCUGGCCGCGCUCAGGGAUAUGCAGGAGGACAGCGAGACGAUGGGCAGGGGCAGGAUCGCCGCGUGUAUGGUCGAGUGCGAUCGGCUCGCGGUGCAGACGGUCCCGUUUGGCUCGAUCAGGAACCUCAAGUACCCGGUUGAGCUUCGCUGGAAGGAGGCGCUGAUCCAGGACGUGGAGUCGGGCAAGAAACACAUACGCCGUGCGUGA